AUGCGGGAUGCAGGACGUGGGAUGCAGGAUGCAGGACGUGGGAUGCAGGAUACGGGAUGCAGGAUGCAGGAUAUGGGAUGUGGGAUGCAGGACGUGGGAUGCAGGACGUGGGAUGCAGGACGUGGGAUGCGGGAUGCAGGAUACGGGAUGCAGGAUACGGGAUGCAGGAUGCAGGACGUAGGAUGCAGGAUGCAGGAUAUGGGAUGCGGGACGUGGGAUGCGGGAUGCAGGAUACGGGAUGCAGGAUACGGGAUGCAGGAUGCAGGACGUAGGAUGCAGGAUGCAGGAUAUGGGAUGCGGGAUGCAGGAUGUGGGAUGCAGGACGUGGGAUGCGGGAUGCAGGACGUGGGAUGCGGGAUGCAGGACACGGGCUGCAGGCCGUGGGGCGCCGGCCGUGGGGCACCAGGCACGGGGCCCACGGCGGGCGCUGUGUGCGGCAGGCGGCGGCGGCGGGGCCGGGCGGCGGGGCGCGCUGAGCGGGGCGGCAUGCUGGCGGGGCGCUGGCGGCUGGAGGGCCGGCGGUGGCGGCGCGCCGAGCCCGUGGCGGGGCUCCGCGCCCUCUACGCCUACGAGUACCGCGCCGAGGACGGGCGGCGCGUGGCCAUGGCGGCCGGCGAGCGCUUCGUGCUGCUGCGCAAGGCCACCGAGGACUGGUGGCAGGUGCGGCGGGCCGGGGAGCCCCGCUGGGCUCGGCCCUUCUUCGUCCCCGCCACCUACGUGGCCGAGACCGGCCCCGACCCCGGGGACGGCGGCGGAUGCGGCGCGCCGCCCCAGAGCCAGCCCGCCGGUGACGGCCUGCCGCCCCGCUACCGCUCGCUGGAGGACCUGUGCGGGCCCCCCCCGGCCCCCCCCGCGGAGCCCCCCGGGCGCCCCGUGGGCCGCAGCAUCAGCACCAGCCUCCUGGCGGGGGGGACCCCCCCCGGGCCCCCCCGGCCCCUGCCGCGCUGCCAGUCCCAGCAGGAGCUGCUGGCCGGGGGGGCCGGGGUGCCCCCCCCCGGAGCGCCCAUGGGGACCCCCCCGGCGUCCAGCGACGCGGCGGCGCUGCAGCGGGCGGGGGGCGGCCGCGACCCCCCCGCGCCGGCCGGGCCCCCCCUGCAGCUGCUGGGCGCCUGGGAGCGGCACCGCGACCCCGCCAGCGGCCGCUGCUUCUUCUACAACCCCGCGGCCGGCACCGCCUCCUGGAAGCCCCCCCGGCGGCACCGCCAGGCGGGCACCCAGAGCUGCGGCCCCCCCGGCCCGGAGGAGGGGGGGUCGAGCCCCCCGCAGCGCCCGCCGGCCCCCGCCGAGCCGCCCCCCCGGGCCCCCGACCUGCCCACGGAGGUGCAGAAAGCCGGGCAGCUCAACAGGACCAAGAUCGCCGAGGGGGGCCGGAAGCUCAGGAAGAGCUGGGGGGUCUCCUGGGUGGUGCUGGCCGGGAACAGCCUCGUCUUCUACAAGGAGCCCACGGGGCCGGCGCCCGCCGCCUGGUGCCCGGCCAGCGGCCGCCCCGAGAGCAGCGUGGACCUGCGGGGGGCCGUGCUGGACUGGGCCCCCGACCUCUCCAGCAGGAAGAACGUCAUCCGCCUCCGCACGGUGCCGGGCAACGAGUUCCUGCUGCAGUCGGAGCAGGCGGCCACGGUCGCCGAGUGGGCACGGGCCAUCCGCGCCGUCAUCCGCCGCCUGGAGCGGGAGAACCCGCUGGAGGCGCCGGGGGCCGGGCUGCACCGCGCCGGGGACCCCCCCGAGCUCAGCGAUGAGGAGGAGGCGCCGUGGGCCCCCCCGGGGGCCAGGAGCCCGGGCCCCCCCGAGGCGGCGGAGAAGAAGCGGGUGCGGAGCAAGCUGCGACGCUUCAUCGCCAAGCGGCCGCCGCUGCAGAGCCUGCAGGAGAAGGGGCUCAUCCGAGACCAGGUGUUCGGGUGCUGCCUGGCCGCCCUGUGCCAGCGCGAGAGCAGCCCGGUGCCGCGCUUCGUGCGCCUCUGCGUGCAGGCCGUGGAGGAGCGAGGCCUCGACGUCGACGGCAUCUACCGGGUCAACGGGAACCUGGCGGUGAUCCAGAAGCUGCGCUUCGCCGUGGACCGGGAGCGAGCGGUGACCUCGGACGGGCGCUACGUCUUCCCGGAGCAGCCGGGCCAAGAGGAGCGGCUGAGCCUGGCGGACCCCGAGUGGAGCGACGUGCACGUGGUGACGGGCGCCCUGAAGCUCUUCCUGCGCGAGCUGCCCGAGCCCCUGGUGCCCUACGAGCUCUUUGAGCCCUUCGUGGAGGCCGUGGAGCUGCCGGACGCCCCGGAGCGGGUGCAGCGGGUGGCGGAGCUGGUGCAGAGGCUGCCGCCCCCCAACCACGCCACCCUGCGCUACCUGCUGGCCCAUCUGCGCCGGGUGAUGGAGCGGGCGGACGCCAACCGCAUGACGCGCCACAACAUCGGCAUCGUCUUCGGGCCGACGCUGCUGCGGCCGCGCCGGGAGCCCGGCAGCCUGGCAGCCGCCGCCGGGAGCCAGAGCCGGGCCGUGGAGCUGCUGCUGGCCCACUUCGAGCGCCUCUUCCCCCCCGCCGCCCCCUGA